GUUUUCGACCGCGACACCACACCCAGCGUCUUGUCUGCUACUCUACAGUGUCCCAGCAUCCAUCAAUAUGCCCAGAGACUCCUUGGACUCACAGCUUGGUACGGACUAUGACCCAGACCAAGAUCCUGAGGAAAAGCGCACCCUUCGGCGUCAGUACCGCAGCCUCUACAAAUCCACCACAGAAGAUGCACAGGGGCAUGCGCAGGACCUUACCGCGGAGCAGUUGGUGGAGAAGGUCAAGCAGUCUGACUCUUUGUUCCAUCGUGUGAAGGGAACAGCGGAGGCAACACUUGACUCCACCUUCCUGCUCGCUGCGACCCAGAUGGGCGCGGCGAAAGCCCGCGCCAUGAAGGCGGGUGCCGGCGCAUUCGACGUCGAUGAUUUUGUCUCUCGUCUCAUCACCUACAUGGGACGCAACCAAGGUGUAGCUGUGCCUGAGGACAUCGACUCGGAUGAGGAGCAAGACUACUCGGGAGAGCUGCUGGAUUUUGCCCGUAUCGGCCGUCGGGCGUUGGCGAAGAGCCACCGGGUGCCUGUGAUGGACUUCAUGCUCGGUCCUCUCUCGAUAGAGCAAAAGAAACGAGCUGUUAUCAAGCGCGCAACAUUGCAAAAGGAUGAGCGAGAAAAGAAGAAGCCACAGGAGAUCACGGAGAGCGACAUCACGCGUUCCGAGAACGAGACUACAAAGAAUGUUGCCACUUUGGAACGCAUCUUGCAACAGCAGGACAACAAAGUGAACCUGUUCCGUGUCAUCGUCAACCCUGACGACUUCGGACAGUCCGUCGAGAACCUGUUCUAUCUAUCGUUCCUCAUCCGCGACGGAAAGUGCGCGCUCGAGUUCGAAGACGGCGAACCAUUCAUCUAUGUCACAGAGCAGCCGUCAGAGGAGGACUACGCCGCGGGUCUCCGGAAGCAGCAGAUGGUUAUGGAAUUCGACAUGGCCACUUGGAGGAGGGCCAUCGAAGUUUUCGACAUCAAGGAUGCAUUGAUCCCUCAGCGGCCCAAGUCGACGAUGAGAAUCGGCGGAAAGUGGUAUGGAUAACUGGGUUCCCGGGGACCUCGUACUAUUCCUCUUGGCCUCAGGGCGCAGUGACUGACCGUUACAUGUGUAA